AUGAAGAUUCUCAGCUUAAACUUCCUCACCUGCGCGGUCAAGUCGUGCCGCGCCUCGUCAAAUUCUUUCCCCCUCCACCCAAAGGAGGCCGAAUUGGUGCAGGAUGAGACUGAGCUCAACGCACAACUGUUGAUCAACAUCUUGCCACGGAUCGACUGGUCUGCAUUAUGCACUACGUCUACAGAGCUUGGUUUCCCCGCCCUGCCGAGCCAGCCGCCAACAGCUGAGCAGCUGCAGAGUGAUGAAAAGAUGCUCAAGGAGUUGCACAAUCUCCUCAUCGAGACGCAGAUUAAUCAGGGAAAGCUGGUCUGCUCGAAUUGUGGUCAUGAGUAUGCCAUCCGGGAGGGAAUAGCAAACUUUUUGCUUCCUAGUCAUCUUGUUUGA